AUGACGGCGCCGGAGUAUGCUUCCAAAUUUGUUGAGUUGGAUAAGUACUACGUGCACAACAAUAACAACGAUGCAGCUGACUGUAGCAGAAUCUUUGAGGAGGAUAACCUUAGGCUGAAGUCAUCUCACUCCCGCGAGUUGGUUGACAAAAAGGGUAAGAAGCCAAUGUAUCGAGGUAAGCCAUAUGGUAAAGGAAAUCCAAAAGCUGAUGAUGGGAAAAGGCCUAGUGGGGGAGAUUUUGGAGCUUUUGUUAGAUGUUAUAAUUGUGGCGAAGUCGGACAUCAUAGGAAUGAGUGUAAGGCUGAACAGAAAACGUGCUUCAAGUGUGGUAAAGUGGGUCAUGUUGUUGCUGACUUGAGUAGUGAAUUUCCAGUGGUGUGUGAUUUUCCAGAAUUUUUUCUAGAAGAUGUCAGAGAGGUGCCGCCUGAGAGAAGUGGAAUUCGCUAUCGAGUUGAUCCCUGA